AUGCUAAGUACUGCGUGUAAGCCCACACCACAACUGUUAUCAGUUACAUCAAUGGGAACAGGAUAUAUUCGAACAAAAGAACCGGAGAAGCGGAUAUUCGACUCCUCUGACCUUCCGGCUUUCCGGAAAUCAAAGGCUUUUGAAAGACUACAUUUUGUCAUUCUGAGCCUCGUUGAUGCUGUCAAAGGAAAAGAUGUGCCUGAAGGAUUCCUAAAACCACUUGAUCCAAAAGGGAGCUCCUCUGAAACCAACAGCCAAUCACAACCUCCAAUUCACGGAAAACAUACAGAGCUCAAACUCUCGCAGAUUACCAAAAAUAUUCUAGCAAUCCUCACGCGAUUGGAUCAACUUAUAGACGAAACUCCCCCAAUUACGGGGCCCCGCAGAUUCGGCAAUAUGGCAUGCAGAGAUUGGCAUAGCAAGAGUGAGGUGUUCAUUGCUUCGAUUUUGAACGACCAAAAUCUCUCCGAAGAUGAUCGUAUUGAAUUGUGUUUCUACCUACGAGAAUCAUUCGGGUCCAAGGUACGCCUAGACUAUGGGUCUGGCCAUGAGCUCAAUUUUGUUGCUUUUUUGGGAGGCCUCUUGACUCAAGGAAAUCACUUUGGCGCUAUAGAUGGUGAUGAAAUACUCGUAAUUUUCGCUACGUAUUACAAUCUUGUUCGGCGUCUUAUCCUCGAUUACAGCUUGGAGCCUGCUGGAUCGCACGGUGUUUGGGGGUUGGAUGACCACUUUCAUUUUAUUUAUAUAUUGGGCGCAGCUCAAUUCAACGUGCCUGAUGGGAAAAGAGCAGAUGGAUAUCGCUUUGUGCCCCCAGUGCUGCAAGUACUCAAUGAUCAAACCAUUGAGAUGUGUAAAUACUCAAACCUAUAUGUAAACGCUAUAGCGUUUAUAUUCCGCAUCAAACAGGGUCCAUUCAAUGAGCAUUCUCCCAUUCUCUUUGACAUCCACAGAUCUGUUUCGCUCUGGACAAAAGUGCUUUCGGGCUUGCAAAAAAUGUACGAGGUUGAAGUCUUUGGGAAGUUUCCCGUUGUGCAGCAUUUUUAUUUCGGUAGAAAUUUGUAUGCCUGGGUAGAUGCUGUCACAAAUCAACCUCUCGCGACUGCAAUUGCUGCACGCACCGAUUCAGAAUCAGAAAGCUCUCAAGAAACACUUCCUGGAAUGUUGAAUGGAACACAAGGUUUGAAAACUACUUCACAAAAUAUCUCUCUCACAGGAGCACCUUGGGCCAUGAAGAGACAGAUUCCUGGUACAGAUAGUCGAAGUGUGCGUCUGCCCGCCCUUUUGGCGCGUAAGAGACCCGAGAGAGGAGAUUGA